UUGCACGCUUACCUUUAAAUUUCCCCUUUGAAUGUUUAGGAUUUUAUCUUGAGACCAAUUCAAAAUUUGAAAAAUGGCGCACAAACGAGAAGGUUCUUUUACAUUAACACUUCCGUCACUCAGUCCAUAGAUCUGCCUAUCUGGUGUCUGGAGUCUGGACUGGUUUAGCCGUUUAUGUUUUAUGUGAAGUUCAUUAAUUCUCUGCAAAACCCUUCCAGCUUAAUCCACUCCAAUCGUAAUGGCCAAAACCCGCAACAGAAACCAGCAGGCAAUGAAUACGUACGAAGAAUCCCGCAAACAACGCCUACAAGAUAACCUGAAGCGUUUUGAGGAUUUGGGUAUUCUGAAGAUCUCAAAAAGCCUAUUGGAGGUCACAAACUCUGGAAAGAAGUCCCCACAAUGUACUGCAAAGCCCAGACUGAAAAGAAGCAUCGAGAUGUUAGAGCUGCGACGUUCUUCACGAGCAAGGAACCUGGUUUCUUCUUAUUCCGAUGCACCUGACAUAGGCCUUCCAACUCCACGCAAAAGGUCAAGGACAAGUUCAUCAUGGAAGAGCUACCUUGGAAGACCAGCUAGUGAAGUAAAAUUCGCUUCUGAUGAAGAACGAGCCAGCGCGAUUCACAAUGCAGAGAUGCUUCAGAGUAACUUGGGUUCUAAAAAUCCAUCUUUCAUUAAAUCAAUGGUUCGUUCACAUGUGUACAGCUGUUUUUGGCUAGGGCUUCCUUCGAAGUUCUGCAAAGACCAUCUUCCUUUAAAGGAGGUGAAUAUGGUUUUGGAAGAUGAGAAUGGCUCAGAAUAUGAUGCAAUCUACAUUGGAAGUAGACAAGGUCUUAGUGGGGGUUGGAGAGGAUUUGCGUUAGACCACAAAUUGGAUGAUGGAGAUGCAUUAGUUUUUGAACUAUCUGAGCCUACAAGAUUUAAGAUUUAUAUUUUGAGAGCAUUCAUUGACAAUAAAAAUGAUGGUGAGAAUAUGAAACAAAAAGUUAAAGUAGAGAAAGCAGUUGACAUUGAGGCUGACGAAGGAAUUAUUUCUCAAAAACAACAGAAAAAUGUUGGAUUUGAUGGUAUAAGUAAAGUGCAAAAAGGGAAAAAAAGUGACAAUGGAAACAGAGCUGCUUCUAAAAAUCGAAAGCAAAAAAAUGGAGUUAAUAGUGAAAGUGAAGUUAACAAUGUGAUAAUUGAGGCUGAAGUACAAAAGGAAAAAGUUGUUGAGAAAGCAAAAAGAUCUGCUUCUCCAAAGCAACAACAAAAAACUGGAGUGAGUGGUAAAAGUAAAGUUAAACAAGGAAAAAUUGCUGAGAAUGGUGAUGGUUGUGUUUCCUUAAAGCCCCAGCAACAGGAUGAAGAAAACAAGUUGUCUACAAAGAGGUGUAUGCCAACAAAGUUGUUUAGAAGGAAAGUGUACUAGGUAUUGUUCUAGCUGUUGGAAUAUAGACUAACAACAAAGAAAUCGUACUUGUGGAGGCCGCCAUACUUUCUAUGUUUACUUAAAACAAUUUAGUUAUCGUUAAAGGCUAAGAAUGUGCAACUCGAUAGGUCUUGUUUUAAGAAAAUACAGAGUGGAAGGGUCUUGGCAAGUCAGACUUUGUGAAUGAAUGAUGUUUUUUGCUCAUUUAAGUAGUCAGCAAUGAUUCAAUAGAUAAUACAACUUUUUUUGGUGAACAGUACAACUUAUUAAAUAUUAAAGGAUUGAACUUUUCUUGGUGAGAAAA